AUGGUCAUAUGUCAUUCGUGUACAACGUUCUGUAUUCUCCUAGUCAUUGAUCUUGUACCAUGCAGAAUAGUUGGAAUGGAGAAUGUCGAAAAUCGAGUAAUGUUCUCGCUACUGGAUAGGAGUCCACAAACCAAUGACACAGGACCGAAGCCUGAGAAAUUUGAGAUUGCAAAAGGCAAAUUCAAAGUUCUCGAAGAAAACUCAAUAGGUGCAGAUACAGUAUCCCAUUUACCUACUACUAGAGAAGAACAUGUUUCCGCAGUGGUUCCUAUGCCCAACUUUGACCCACAUCGAUUGGAAAAAGCCCUUCGAACGAAGGGCUCAAUUGAUGGGACGGAGGAAGCGUUAUAUAGGUCACUUCUGGAUCAUACAGUCUACGAAAAAGAUGUUCGACCGUGCAUUCAUCAUUCUCAACCCACAAAUGUCACAUUUGGGUUUUUGUUGAAUCAAAUUGUGGAAAUGGACGAACGAAACCAGGCUCUUACAACAAGGAGUUGGCUAAACAUCAACUGGAUGGAUCCACGAUUAUCCUGGAAUGAAAGUUUAUGGUCUGAUAUCAAAGCCAUCUAUAUUCCACAUGCCCGAAUCUGGAAGCCCGAUAUUAUUUUGGUCAAUAAUGCGAUCCGCGAGUACUACGCGUCUCUCGUCUCCACGGAUGUGAUGGUGACAAGUGAUGGAAAUGUGACAUGGCUGUUCUCAGCGCUCUUCAGAAGUUCCUGCCCGAUAAGGGUCAGGUACUAUCCGUUUGAUGACCAACAAUGCGACCUAAAAUUCGCUUCAUGGUCCCACGACAUCACAGAGAUCAACUUGGGACUGAACACUGAUAAGGGAGACCUGUCGAGUUAUAUGAAUAACAGCGAAUUCGAUCUGGUGGAUAUGACAGCUGUACGAGAAGUGGUCCGAUUCCCUUCAGACACCAAUAGUGAUUGGCCAACUAUUGUAAUUAGGAUACAUAUGCACAGAAGGCCAUUGUUCUAUGUUUUCAAUCAUAUUGUUCCAUGUGUUCUUAUCUCUUCUAUGGCUGUACUUGGUUUCUUGAUGCCACCCGAAACCGGAGAAAAAAUUAAUAUGAUCAUCACCACGUUGCUCUCUAUGGGAGUCUACCUCCAGUCAAUUACCGAGUCCAUCCCACCGACAUCUGAAGGCGUACCCCUAAUUGGAAUGUAUUAUGUGUCCUCUCUACUAAUGGUUUGUCUUGCAACAUGCGUAAACGUCAUCACAUUAAACAUGCAUCGGAACGGAGCAGCGAAUCAGGGAAGACAUGUUCCUGCUUGGAUGCAAAAAUGGAUUCUAGGAUACUUGGCGACGUUUAUGAGGAUGUCUAUCCGGGAACCUGAUAGUAUAGCACUUCUCAAAGCAUCGCAGAGCAAAAAAUCCACAAUCCGUCGAAGUUCAAUAUUGCGGGACUUGAAAAGGGUGAAAAACAUGUCCAACGUACGAGCGAAAUCAAAAGAGCAAAAUGCAAAUCGAGAGUGCGAGUGUAUGGAUCCACUUGUGCACAUCUACGCGGAAUCAAUCAUGACAUCAUUAGUUUCCGACCCCAAACCUAUGAACGGGUCGACGAUAAGAGAAGAUUUCGCGAGUGAGAGCACUUUCUUAGGUCGGGUUGUUAGUGAUGGGAUCAUGCCCAGGAUAUCUGCAUCGUCGAAUUCGGUGCUGACGGAGUUUGAGACAAGGUUUAGAAGGAUAUUGAAGAGGGUUUACCGAAGUUUACAGCAACAUGAGAUAAGAGAAGAGAUUCUCGACGAACGGUCUCGAAUCCAAUGGCAGUGGCAACAAUUGGCAUCUGUUGUCGAUCGGCUCCUUCUAUGCCUAUUUUGCACGGCAACCUUAUUCACAAUUAUCUGCCUCCUGAUCGUACCUGUAGUCUACCGUGAUAAUGACGUUCUGUCAAUCCUCAACUUUUUUUAA